AAAAGACUUUGUAGUAUGCUGCUUACCUCUGACAAGUGGUUUUUGUCAACCCCUCACGCACUGUGGGCGAAUGUUGGUGGAUACACGCUCAUAUUUGGAUCUGGUACCAAACUCACUGUUAAACCAAAACGGAACAUUGCACAGAAGCCAUCCGUCUAUUUCCUCCGACCCUCUGCGCAGGAAGCUAUCGACAAGCGGGUGCCAGCUGCCUGCCUUGCCACUGACUACUUACCCAAUAAGUACACUCUCAACAUAUCUGCAGGCAGUUAUUCCGAGAAAAGAUCUGAAAAAGAUGCUCAAAUCUCCAUCCAGGACAAAAGUUACAGCCUGUUGGCUUUCCUUACCGCGCCAUGGUCCAGUGUGUCGUCUCAAAUGAGCUGCCGGUUCAACGAGACCGAUUACGUGGACAAGGGUGGCCAGGGGGUUUGCAUUGAACUUGAUGACGAUGAUGAAGACGAACGAGACGUACAAGAGCUCUCACUAACAGUCUUCGGAUUGAGGAUUCUGUUCUUCAAAAGCGUUAUCUUCAACAUCUUGAUGUCUGUUCGUGUUUGGAUAUCAUAAGAUGGAGACAGAAGCAGGGUCCUGUCGGCUACCUAGAACCCUGGCGUGAAGCCAAACCGGAGCCAGGUGUGGUGGACUCACUCAAGAAUCGUUAAAGCCAUGCAAAUACAGAGAUAAUAACUCCGCUGUCAUCGUCAGAAGUUUCCUGCUGUUGUAAAUGCCUGACAUAUAUCGCCUUUCCUUUGCAAUCUCAACAUCUUGUAAAAAAAAUCCUUUUUCCUGCAUUUACGCAUAGAAUUUAUUAUACUGCUCGCUCUUGUGAGAUUUAAAUUUUAUCAGCUUCGCAUCAUUUUGUUAUCUCUAUAUAAGCGGCUUUUGGAAUAUGCAUGUCCCUUAUCCUAAGAGUGCUUACAAGGUAGGAAGUUGUUCGGCCCAUUGAGUCCGUGCCGACUUCCAGAGAACUCCUCCUGGUUCCUGCUCCUUUUCCCGACCCUGCCAGUUCUUUUCUUGUUCCUUUCGUCCGUAUUCAGUGCUCUCAAUACUCUCCUGCCAGCAACAGUACUCUCUCCUCCUUCGCAUUUUGAACCCCCUUCCAUUCAAUCUCCUCUUUCACUCUGCUGAGAAGAGUGGCUUCCGCGCCGGGGAACAUCCUACAUCCCCGGCGCGGGCUGCCAGUAAAUUUGGGUAUGGACUACUCCUUAGAUGGACAUACCUGUAUUAAGAAUCCACCGUCUGAAGUUCAAAUUCCACGAGUACCGUUGGAGGAAUUCAAAUUCAAGAAAUAAUCUGAAAUUUCAGAAAGGCAAUUCUUUCGAAAUAUAUUCAAUUUAAAACCAGUCAGCUGUGAUGUUAAAAUCCCUGUCUGUGAUGAAAAAAAUCUUCCUCGUGGACGUAGAAUGGGGCCACAUAGUGAGUCCAGAUCCUACCACGGCCUGCUGACUAUUUCAGCCAGCCUAGUUGCUCAUCCAGUUAACACCAUCCUUUCCUAGCGUAAGCAAUAAAAUGGACUUAAUAGCCUUGACCCAAGGGUAAAGAACGUCACUCCUUCCCCCAACCCUUAAGCUUCCCUGGCACAGAGGGCAAACCAUGAGGGAAGUCAAGCUAUUAUGGAAUAUAAGCUGUCUCUACCCAACCAUUUUCUUGGCGAACUUAUGUUAAUAUUUUAAGAGUUUUGUAAAUGGUAACGAAUGAAAAAAAUGCUCUCGCACAUUGCCUAAGCUGAGCAGUACAGAUAUCACGUGGUUUUUAAUUGAAGUGCUGCUUUCCAAACCGUUCCAUCAUAUCAAUAAAUUCUGUUUUG